AGCGAAUUCAGCGACGCAGCCGACUCUGACUUGCUUUGGUCGAUCAAUAGUUCGGGUUUCGUUGCAGCCCGACGGAGAAAAUCCCGCAACAGCAGUUUUGUGGACGGACUUAGUUCUCUCGUACCUCGUUCAUGAUUCUGGUUUCCUAAUUGCAUUGUCGAGCCUUGAUUGCGUUUCAAUUGAUCAGUUGGAAGACUUGUGUUAGUGACGAAAGACGGUUCGGCCAAAGAGGCGGUUCUUUGUUCUUGUCGUUUUUCCCGGAGGUGGUCGCUGGACGCGGGUUUCGGAUAAAGAUAUUCGAGAACGGAAAUGAGGAGGAUUUGGAGUUGGUUUUUACUUACAUAGCCGAAGAGGAAAGUCCUCGUCAGCCAUGCUCAUCAAAGAAUAUCGUAUUCCUCUACCCCUCACGGUAGAGGAAUACAGAAUAGCGCAGCUCUACAUGAUUGCAAAAAAGAGUCGGGAAGAGAGCAGUGGAGCUGGUAGCGGUGUUGAAAUAUUGAUCAACGAACCUUACACCGAUGGGCCUGGCGGACAAGGACAAUAUACCAGGAAAAUAUAUCAUGUAGGCAGCCAUUUACCAGGAUGGAUAAAAGGCAUUUUGCCAAAGACGGCCCUGAUGGUGGAAGAGGAAGCCUGGAAUGCGUACCCGUACACGAAGACCAGAUACACUUGUCCGUUCGUAGAGAAAUUUUCACUAGAAAUAGAGACUUAUUACUACCCCGAUAAUGGCCACCAGGAAAAUGUUUUUCACUUGUCCGGCGGGGAUCUGAGAAACAGAAUUGUAGAUGUGAUAGAUGUGGUGAAAGACCAACUGUACGGAGCAGAUUACGUAAAAGAAGAGGAUCCUUUGUAUUAUGUCUCCGAGAAAUCAGGCAGAGGUCCUUUGACCACGAAUUGGCUAGAGGAAUACUGGGACGAAGUGUGCGGCAAACAACAGCCUCUGCCCAACGGAAAAUCGUUGAUGUGUGCUUAUAAGCUCUGCAGGGUGGAGUUUCGAUAUUGGGGGAUGCAGACCAAAAUUGAACGAUUCAUCCACGACACAGCUCUCAGAAAGACGAUGGUUAGAGCUCAUAGGCAAGCUUGGGCAUGGCAGGACGAAUGGCAUGGUCUAACGAUGGAAGACAUCAGAGAGAUCGAAAGGCAGACGCAGUUGGCUCUGAAGAGAAAAAUGGGACAUGUAGAGGAUGAAAUAGAUGAAGAUGACAAUUUGAACAAUAGCACUUCUAAAGAAGAUCCUUGUAAAACGUUGGCUGCUACUCUAGGAAGCAUAGAAGUAGCAGAAGAUAGUCCGUUGAUGAGUAAAAACGUUAACAUUCCCACAAUACAUACUGCUGCUAGUUCGGAUGCCGAUCUGUCUCCAGAAGAUGAGGUUAUAACGGUUAAAAGAGAACACGACAAAUGGCAACCAUCGAGAACUCUCCACUCGCCCAGUUCCUCAUCGAUAAAAAGUUUCGAUCUACAAGUGGCCAAUUGGCGAAUCGAAAGUUUAGGAAGAGACUCAGAGUCUGCAUCUGACGAGGAGUUUUUCGACUGCGAAGAUAUGGCAGAUUCUUCCUUGGCCAAAUGGAGUUCGAUGGAUCUUCUCAACGAGGAGGACGGCGACACAAACUCGCCUUCCGUAGUCGAUACGAAUGAUGACAGUAUUUUCUCGGCUUCAUUUUUGCAACGAGUGGCGAGCGAGAGAGGCGCUAGACGACACAUGCAGAGAGGCAAAAUGAACUCGCUUGAUGCUUCUUGUCCAGAGUCUCCGAUUGCUUUGCCUGGACAUCUCCCAUGCAACACUACAGUAUUGAUAUUGAUAUUUCAUGCUGGUAGCGUUCUGGAUGCCAACGUAGACAUGGCCGCAAAAAAAUCAGACGUGAGCACUUUCCGGGGUGCUUUCGAAUCCGUCAUGCGUCAACACUACCCCUCGUUGAUAGGUCACAUUGCAAUAAGGUUGGUGUCUUGUCCUUCCAUUUGUACGGAAGGUUUGGGUAUAUUGUCCAGUCUCAGUCCGUACAGUUUCGAUGUAUCUCCCUCGUGUACAGACGUCCCGCAAAUAACGCACGACUCCAUCCCCAUCGGUGCUAUUCCUAUAUUGGCUUCGUCAUCUACGGAUUACGUUGAGGCUGUGUCGCGGACAAUCAACGCAGCUAAUGCUGCCUACCAAGAAUUCAUCAAGUCUGAAGAGGGCCUGGGCUUUUCCGGUCAAGUUUGUGUCAUGGCCGAUUCCAUCGGUUCAAUAUUGGCAUAUGAUUCUUUGUGUAGGACGGUGAAAUACUCUUCCAGGCACGGAAGCGAGAACAGUAUUCUGGACAGCGAUCUACAGAAAGAUGACAUACAGAUAAACGAAAGUGGUUAUUUAGCUGCUCCCUCUCCAAGACGCAGGUCGUCUUCCACAAGCGAUCAGGCUGGUCAGAUAAAGUUGGAGUUUGACGUUACGGACUUCUUCAUGUUCGGAAGCCCUCUGGCCCUGGUGCUGGCUUAUAGAAAAAUAUCCUCUAACGAUGAUAAAUGUAAUAGUAUUACCCGUCCAGCAUGUCUUCAGGUGUAUAACAUGUUUCACCCGACUGAUCCAGUGGCUGCCAGACUGGAACCUCUUCUGUCAGCGAGAUUCUCAAUUCUUCCCCCGGUUAAUAUACCGAGAUACGCCAAAUAUCCGUUGGGCAACGGACAACCGUACCAUUUACUUGAAAUUCUCCAAACUAAUCCUCAAAUGUUUAGUGAUUCCUUGCAACCUAGACGUUUAUCAGAGGUGUCUAUUCAGAGCACGAUAUCGGGACUGAUAGAUAAUAUACCCCUUCAAGCUAUAAAUGCUUUACAACAAAAAUGGUGGGGAGGCAAACGAAUGGAUUAUGCUCUCUAUUGCCCCGAAGGCUUGUCCAACUUCCCUACAAAUGCUCUGCCUCAUUUAUUCCACGCCAGCUAUUGGGAGAGCAGCGAUGUGAUAGCCUUUGUGUUGAGACAACUAGGCGGUAUCGAAGUUACAUCAUUGCCCGGAGAUAAUGAUCGUGAGCAGAUUUUCAAACCCGGUCAACCCAGAGAAAAAUGGAUCAGAAAAAGAACCUCCGUCAAGCUGAAAAAUGUAACAGCAAACCAUAGAGCGAAUGACGUCAUCGUGCGAGAAGGCGCUCCUCAAACGCUGAUGGCCCGGUUCAUGUACGGUCCUUUAGAUAUGAUCACGUUAACAGGUGAAAAGGUCGAUAUUCACGUCAUGAAAGAUGCUCCUCUGGGAGAAUGGACGCACUUAGCUACGGAAGUCACCGAUAAAACGGGACGAAUCACUUACACCAUUCCAAAUGACAAAUCGCUGGGAUACGGGUUGUAUCCUAUAAAAAUGGUGGUGAGGGGGGAUCAUACUUCAGUGGAUUUUUUUCUAGUUGUCGUUCCUCCUAAGACUGAGUGCAUCGUUUUCAGCAUCGACGGAUCCUUUACGGCUAGUAUGUCGGUGACUGGUCGAGAUCCCAAGGUCAGAGCUGGCGCUGUUGAUGUCGUGAGGCAUUGGCAAGAGCUGGGUUAUCUGAUAAUUUACAUCACCGGAAGGCCUGACAUGCAACAUCGAAGGGUCGUUUCGUGGCUAUCUCAGCAUAAUUUCCCCCAUGGCUUGAUUUCUUUCGCAGACGGCCUUUCUACGGAUCCUCUCGGCCACAAGGCUGCUUAUUUGAACAACUUGAUCGAUAAUCACGGCGUAGUGAUUCAUUCUGCGUACGGCAGCGCGAAAGACAUCAGCGUUUACACUUCAGUGGGGUUGAAACCUAAGCAAAUAUUCAUCAUCGGAAAGGCGACCAGAAAGCAACAGUCUCAAGCCACGGUGCUCAUGGAGGGCUACGCGGCCCAUCUGACGAUGCUGAUGUCUCACGGGGGCUCCAGGCCUGCCCAAGGGAACGCGAGGAUGGUUAUUCCCAGGGGGUAUUUCGGUCUUCCUGGCCAAACUUUUUCGCGAAGGAGGAGUCGAUCGGCGAAGAGAGCAACUUCUUAUCCGAUAGCCAGUGAGCUUCCUCAGAUGGAAAGAUCCAUGAGCAGUCGUCGAUACCAGCUACCUAAACCGACGCUUUCAAUUUCCACCAUCGGGAACUACAGCUGAAAGGCGAGUCUCACACUCUAGGAAGAUGUAGGAUUUGUUAGAACUUGCCGUUGUUUAUAUUUUUCUACCUAUAUAUCGAAGAAUUUAUUAGUCUGUCUCAAAUGAAUUGAUAUCAGUAGACAUAGAAAGUAUUGAUUUUCGUUCUUGUUAGAUAUUUUUGAGGUUUUUUGUGUCGCUUUCUUCUGGCGAAACGCAUUACUCUAUCGGAGUCGGUAAAAUACAAAUAUUAUGUAAUGUCUAAGGCAAGGGAGGUUAUCAUGGGGAAAUCAGAAACCGUGGGAGAAACAAUGUUAGUUGAAUUAGGAGGAAGUUGCCAGUAUCAGAGCUGAUUUGAAUGUCGUUUUUAAAUUCCGGAAAUUCUGAUUUGGUCGCCAAAAUGCCCAACUUUAUACAUCUUGAAAAGCGACAACGAGAUAGUGUUUUUUGAUUUAUGAUAUCUUCUUAAUGGCAGAAAAAAAUUAAACAGUGUUGUGAAUACUUCACGAACUAAUAGGAAUUUCUUAAUUUUCAAAACGUCAUUUGAAUAAACUAACAAUCCUUCAUUGUUCAAACAGGUACAAAAGACAUUCACAGGACACUGUAUACAACAAUCAGUAAACAAUUCUUAAAAUAGCAAAAUUAUUGAACAAAAAAUAUAUUUAUAUAGGUGCAAAUGACAAUGUUUAGAUUUUAGAGAAAGCAUAUAGAAAUUGUUGAAUAGUUUCAUGUCUCAAAUACCCUUGAUUGGAAAGUUCAUCGUCCAGAUGCGAUAUCUACAGGAUAUAUUCAAACUGAUCCAGACGGUAAAACAAAAACGAAACCCUAUCACCUGUUUUGAUUUCUUGUGCUUCCCGUGAAUGAAAGUAAUUUAUUUUUACUCUUCAUCAGUUUCUUGUUUCUAUGAUAAACGAACUGAAAAACAUUACUCUCACAAUUUCACAAUUGAAUAACUCAUAAUACACAAAAUAUUGAACAAAACCUAUGUUCAACAUUAAGUUAUUCUGAUCAGCUGUUAGCUCUUUGAGUCGGUAGAUGGCGCUAUGGUGGAAAACGAUAAUGUAACAAGUUACUAGUUGAAUCAGUGAGCCAUACUGCAAUCGUGAUCUUACAUACACAGUAAAAAUAUUGAUAAAACUUUUCUCAUUGUUGAAAUUUCACAGUUUUGGAAAAUCAAUAACAGAAUUCACUUUGCUGUCUAUACAAUUUUGCUCAUAUGAGUUGAGAAUAUUUACCUCUUGGCGGCAACUUGAUCCUAAUCUAACAAUUAUGUAUCUUUCACGGUUUUUUUUUAUUUUCCCAUCUUAUCUUGGACAUAUUAUACAAGGAAUUUUUCACUGCGAGCUUUUAUAAAAAAUAUAUGAAAAAACAAAAAUAUCACCAAAUAAGAUAGUGGCGUUUCUACAUAACUAUAACUAUGGAUCUUUCUGAGAAUUUUAUUUGGAGUGAGAAUUUCCAGAAAGAUCUAUAGAGAAUAACUUUUAUGUUGACGUAUACUCAAACAUUACUAUAAACUUUCGAUUUCUUGGCAAAACCAGUUUCACAGAUGAAUGCGAUACAGAAUAACACUAUUCAGAAACUGUUUUUCUCUUGCUUUGGAUAAUCAGUAUGUGAUAAUAAUAGUAUUCAAAAUGAUAUCAAUCAUAUACCUGGAAAACUGCUGAUAUGCUUUUUUUUUCUUAGAGAUUGGCAAAAAACGGCAACCAUUAUUAAAGAAGCUAUAAUUAUUUUAUGUCGAAUUGAAAUAUCAGGUUUUCUGAAUGUUUUAGUCGAACUAUUCGUCUUGAGAAGUGUUCCUCAUAUUUUAUCUUGAACCGAACACAAAAUCAAAAAGUUGUUCGGGGUCAUAUUGCAGAAACUGCAACGAUAAAAAAUUCUUAGAAAAAUGGUAAUGAAAGUUAUUUCAUGUUUUUUUUGGGGGGGGAUAAGUUACAAGAUGUUGAUAUUCCAGAUUUUUAUAGUUUUUUAAGGAAAUCUUAGUACUAUCCAACAGCCGAAAAAUUUCAUAAAACUGUUCGAUAGCUGCAAAUAUGUGUGUUUGGUUCUCGGAUAAAAUAGAAUCAAAUUCAUCUAAAAUGUUACGUCUAUAAAUUUAAAUGUAGGUUGUGAUAGUUUCUAAAAUAUUUGUGUAUAUUGAAUAUUUAUGUAUAUAUGUAUUAAAUUGUUGCAAUAAAGUGUCAUGAAUUAUU